AUGAUUAGACGCUGCUACUCUACAUUCGUUCCGCGGUAUGCUUUCCCAGAUUACAGGCUGCCACUUACGGACUUCAAGGGCCACCAAAUGCGCGCUAUUCAGCGAUUCCGACAAUUGCUGCCACAACUGAAUCUUUUACUAGAACUUCGAGACAGUAGAGCACCUAUAAGCACGAGAAACGUUAUAUUUGACGAUCUGAUGGUGAAUAGGCGAAAUGACAACACCCAGAGACUGGUUCUAUACACGAAAUCGGACCUUUGUCCGAAGGAAACUAUAGACAAAUUGAAGCUAUGGCAUUCCCAAAUGGGAGAUGAGUUCAUGACACUAGACUGUCGAUCAACAAAAGAAGUACGGAAUCUGAUUAAAAUUUUGGAAUGGAAAUAUGAUGAAACCGUGAAACAAAGUUUGGGCGAUGUGGCAGGAAACGAGGGAUUGCCCCUUGGGUAUCGAAUCUUGGUUGCUGGGAUGCCAAACGUGGGGAAGUCCACGUUGGUCAAUACCCUGAGGUUUGUGGGGGCAUCAAAGACAAGAAAUACAAGCGAAAGUAUCCACGGCUCGGUGACGCAUAGAAGACGCAAAGUGGCCAAAACGGGCGGUCAGGCGGGCGUUACAAGAGCGACCAGCGAGUGUAUACGAAUUGCAGACCAUAGAGGCGGAAUCUAUCUAUACGAUACGCCUGGGGUGUCGCUACCGGGUCGGGUCACAACGCGGGAGAAAAUGUUGAGUCUUAGCCAGUGCGGAUGUGUCAAGAGUACUUUGGUGGAUCCCAUCAUCCAGGCCGAUUUUUUGCUGUACGUGAUGAAUCUUCAAGAUACCAACGCCUACACGCAGUACACCAAGGGUGUGCCCACAAACAACGUUUACAAAGUGCUGAGUGGGGUUCGCAAAAUGACGGGUAUCAAAGAUGAUAACGGAGCGGCUAUUCAUUGGAUCGAUAAGUGGCGCCAAGGAAGCCGUGAAACGAAACAAAAAGUAUCGUUUGACGUAGAGACGUUGUUGGAUGAUCAGAGUUUUUCGUAUUGCGGCCUUGUGGAACGAGAACUAAAGCAAUUGGGACCCUGGUUGCACUCGGCGGCGGCGCCGCCGAAAGCGGGACAAAAAACUUCAAAACAGACCUUGCGGGCCAGAAACAGUAAUCAGUUGUUUGAUUUGUGA